AUUUUUUGCCCCUUUCUCUUUCUCCCUUGCCCUCACCCUCACCCGACGACGUCCUCGUGAUUUCUUCGCCGGAGCCGUUGGAAAGAACGACACCGCCGUCCUUUUUAGGAAAGUUUGUCUUCCUUCUCUCCGUUUUUGGGAAUUGCGCGUGAUCCUCCCUCUGUUUUUGGAAAGCUCGCCGCAGCCUAUGGAUUUGGAAAAGGAUCCCCGGUGAAAUCUACCGGAAACCAAGUCUUCACUCCCCCUACUAGUAUCCGAGCCUUGUGAGACCUCGCCCGUGCGCAUUUUAUUCUGGGAUCUGGUGCCUCCGUUGAUCUUUCUCCUUCAGCGGCACCGCGAGGGAGUCGAAACAGGAUAUCCUUCCUUCCUUGACGGUGAAUAGGAUAGGGAAUAUUGCCUGGGUGCAUAACAUGGAUCUGGAGACAGAGAACCGUCUUGCUUCCUUAUUAAUGGAGGAAGCUAGGAGAAUGCGUGUGGAAGCAGAAAAAGAAGGUGUCCAGGUUUACCUCCGUAAGCCCAAUGUUAGAGGUCGGCCAAAUUCACGUUUUCUAACUGCUACUGUUCAUGGAGUACAACAAGCAAAUCGAGCUGUUGAGGUUUCUGAAAUGUGGCGAGCUCGGGAAAAGGAGUUGGCAUUGGAAGCUAAGCUCAACGGAAGAUCAAAGCAAUACACACACAAAGGAAGCAGCAGCGAGAAGCACCACUCAAGUUCACACCGUAUCUCAUCUAGCUCAAAGCACAAUGAGAACAGCAAAACGCUCUCAUAUGCACCAAGUAAGCCAGAUCCAGACGAUUGUUCAGAUAGAGAUGGUCUUAGAGAUGAUGAAGUCGAAGAGUUUCUCCGCUUGAGGGCAAAGCGGGGAAGAGGCGAUGUAGGUUCCAGAAUGGAUGAAGCUGGUCCAUAUCCACCCCAAGCAUAUUCCAGACAAAAUAACAACACAGAUGAUGUGCGGAUGAAAGAAAAUUGGGAAAGCCGUAUCCUUGGCCCCGAGAAACCAGGUUUCCUUAGGCGUCAUAGCUCACUCGAUCGUGAUUCUGAUACAGACUCUAGGAAGCAUGAUACCAGUGGAUCAUGGAAAUCACAUUCCAAGAGUAGCAAAUCAAAAGAAGAGAAAUCAGGAAAAAGGAAAAUGAAAGAGAAGAGAUCUAAGCAUCACAAGAAAAGCAGAAGAUAAAAGUAAUGUGUCGAGUUCAGCGAGGGGAAAUGUAAGCUUAAGCCCAUGCGGUUAUUUUAGAUUUCUUUUAAAACUUCAAUGUAACCAUCCUUUAUGGCUGUCAUAAAGUAUGAUAAAACUUAAAUGGAUAGUUCCAUGUAUGAAACGAUGAAGUAUGGCUUUGAUUUGAGAUAAUCUAUGCGUUCAAGCGAUCAGAGGUCCUA